AUGGAAAACACAACACAGAAAGAACCGAGAGGCGACACUGCAGAUCAUCAAGGUAAUGCAGUUCUAGCAAUAUUUUCUUUCUUGCUGUAACUGUGAUGGCCCGACCUACCUCUGCAUUUCCUACUGCUUAAGUACUGUAGGCAGAUGAAAGAGCAUCCAGGUAUCCGAAUGUUAGCAAUGGCCAGAUACUGUUUAUAGCUAUAUAUACUAACAUGAAAAGGCGUGGUCCUUUCGGUCCGUGAUUCUUCAUAUCAAAGCAUUGCAUUCUAACUGAUUUAGAUAAUCACAAGAUAUCUGCAGCUCUAUGCAACUUUCAGAUUGGGAUGUAACUUCCCUAUACGACGUAUUGUCUUUAAUAAGCGAUAAGUGUCUUCUUCAGUUUCCCCAGAAUCCUUAUGCGAAAAAGCCUCUUCAAGAGCUACAGGGUGGUUUUAAAUAGCAUUUGGUCCGGUUUCCACGAGUACACCAACGAUUUACUGGUGCUAAUCCCCCCCAUCCUCCCCCCCUCCUUCCGCCACCUUAGUCACUUCUCGCCUCUGAAUAAAUCAUUCUAUAACUUCGUCCUGUUUAGUUGAAUUCAAGCAAAAGAAGUGUCUUUCUACACGGGCUGUUAGGACUGCAGCACUUUUGGUUGGCAUUUUCCUGGCAGCUGUUGCUGUUUUGUCAGCUUAUGCUGCAGGUGCGUUUGAUUCCAAUCCAGAUUUACCGGAAAUUAUGGAAGGAGAGGCUACAUUUACAGCUGAUGACAGCAAGGGGGAAGUUUUCCACGUAAUGAUCGAUUAUAAGAGAAAGCUAAUACAACUAACCUCAUUAAAUGAUCAAGCAGCGUCGCCGCAUUUAUUUGGAAGGCGUCUAAUGUCCUUCGAAGAAAACAAAACAGUAAACGGGACGCGAAUUAAUGCAACAAAAAUCGUCAUACAGGACUACAACGCGGUGAGUUCCAAUGUCAUACCAUAAUUAUCGCAAGGUUUUGGUCGGAGGAAAAAACAAAUGCAAAAACAAAAACAAAAAAGAAUUUCAAUAAGCACAAAAGUAAAAAAAUUUUUCUCCCUAUACCAAGAAUAUGAAAGUCAAAGGUACCAAUAAAAAGGUAAUUUGGCAUUCUAACUUAGUUUUUAUAAAGCUAAAGACCAUUUCGUCUUAAACUCGUUGAUAACUCAUCAAGUCUUGGAAAAAAGGUCACACAGUCCUAUUUUUUUGCGAUUGAGGCUUAAGUUCGAUUUGUUUUUUUUGAAGCGGGGGGGAGGAGGGGGGUGCUGGGUGGUUAAAGAGGGUUGUCCCUCGACUAAAGCGACUGACCAUUAAUUAACCUAUUAUUAUCAUGAAAGCUAUUGUUUUGACAGUAAUUUUGCACACCCAACAAAAGUGUAAUUGUCACAGUUACAUAAUGACCUAAAAAAGCAACAAACCAAAAUAGAUUAGAAAUAAGUCAACUUGCGAAGUUUUUUAAAAAAAGCCAUGCAAACUUAGAAUUCCAAAGACAAAUUUAGGGUUUUUUCAAGACCAUGCAUUGUUCAAAUGUAAAAGUGUUUUGAUCGUUUUCGCAGCAUCUCUCUUUUUUUUUUACUGUAAUAAUCCAUAUCAUUGCACUUUUCCAGCUUGUAAUUAAUUCUGGCGACUAAAACUGCUAAAAACUACAUCUUUACAUUAAUUGAAACAGAUUGAAAUCCACGCAAUUGCCAAAGCAAAUGAACGAGCUUGCGUCAGCCUUAGGAUUGUAGUAAACGAACAAAGUUGAUUUACUACACUACUUGUUGAUCGUUCAGUCUUACAUGUUUAAUAUUUUACCUUGCAGAAGCGAAAGUACUUUGUUGUCCCAGAGAAUGGAAAUUCAACAACAAAGUGCAUUUAUACUGAUCUUGAAGGAGAAAUGAUUCCCAGGCAUUUACUGAAGCACGCUACCCUUAAAUCGGUAAGUUAGAUAACUUUAAAACACAGCUAACGUUUAAUAUUUUAAUAUAUUACUUAUAACUCUAAAUCCGGGUCGAAGACAGGAUCCAGAAUAUCGACUUGCUAGGACAAUAAACAAGUCAGUGGCAUCCAAUAUACGACUUUCUUUAUUUCCUUUUUAAGCUGCAUUAAAAGAUAACGGAUUUAACAUGUCUAAUUCGGGUUUUUCCGCCAUAAAUCUUCACUUAUUUUACUCGUCUAAUCACUGAUAUCAAAUACUAGGUCACUAAUAUCUUUUUUAAAGGAAAGCGUCGAGGGCAAUAUUACCCAUACCCUAUUUCAAGUUGAUAAUGACACUGAUGUGGACGUUUAUCGAGCGAAAGGGUACAAUGGAAAGAUUUACGAGGUAAGAUCUUGAACCUUUUUUAGAGCAAACAAAUAUUAUCGAUAGACUGCUCUUCUCUGGGAUUACAUAUAUCUCUAUAUACAUUUCCUUUUUUUUUUCCUUCAUUGAUUUUUACAUCCAAUUGACUGGUUCUUCAGUACUUAAUUUCGUCAGGUUUUAAUACAUAAUAUCUCUCCUAGAUUUACUUACAUCUCCCAAACGGUAGCAUUCAUAUGCGUUCCAAGGAAAAGGAAAUGAACUUCACUGACUACAAACAUCUGAACUGCUACAGGUAUCUUGAAGAGAACGACACAAUUGAGGAGGCCUUCUACCAGUCAAAUGACUCGAAGUUUUGUAAGUUUUCACAACCGGUUUUUACCCUUUUUUUCCACUAAGUCCUGAGCAUUCAUUAAGGGUCAUGCUCAUGACAAUUCAACCAACAUCAAAAGGAUAUAUUAUUGAUUGAAAAAAAUAAAGGAGAUAUAAUACUAAAUAUCUACGUAUUUUUGGUUGUUUUUGUAGUCGUUGCUAUUUUAAAGCGCCAUCACACAGUCGUGUCCGUUUCAAACGUUCAUUAAAUUACAAGAAAACUAAUCGGCGCUUUGACUGUCAUUUUGAUUACGUAUCUGAGGUAUAUAAGAACAUUUAAGAUAUAUUAGAUAAGAGUAACAAUAUGGGAAAAAAGGGGAACAAAGAGACUGCGCUAAAUUUGAUACUGGUAGCCGAUGAACCCUUUUAUGCACAGAAGUAAAUUCGUGUCUGUUCUACUCAGAUCAAGAGUCAACCAAAUUCGCAGAUCCUGAAAUAGAGAGAAAUAUUCAGGGCACUUCUCAUAACUUGACUCAGCUGUUGAACCAGACGACAUCAUUUAGCAAUGAAAGUCUAGCUAAUCAACUGCCGAUGACCUCAAGACGCCGCCGCCGGGGGAUUGGAUGGCGUGGAGGGAGAUUGGACUGGUGGUACGGAAACUGGUGUGGGCCUUACCAGGGCGGUUACACUUAUAACCCAAAGCCAUCUUGCAGGGGCGUUUGCCGUACUACAAGCUAUGUGAGUAGCGCCUGUCGUAGGUGCCUCCCAACAAAAGACGGAUUAGAUGAAGCGUGUAUGGAGCAUGACAGGUGACAAAAUGUCUCAGUAUAGUUUAAUUUGUUGCUCCCUUGAAAGCACAGUUUCCUGUACGCUUGACGACAAAUUAAUACGCGCAUACCUCAAUACUGAGCCACUUCCGAGUUCUCGCGGCUCGGUGAUCUGGUACCGAAAUUACGGCGCAAGUACGAGGCUAAGUGCGACGUCCUUCUCAUCGGUAUAAAGAAUAAAUUGUCGUAGUAGUGAAAAUGAGAGAAAAUUUCUCGAAUUCAGUGAGGGAGUGAAAAAUUAUUCGUGGGAGAGAGGCAUUCAACAGCUGUUGAAGGCCUAAAUGUAGUAGCUGUCCUUAUGUAAUAAGGUCCGGGCAAUCAGCGUCUUCUUAUUUGCUAGAUUUAAGUUGAGAAGCAUUGGCUGCAAACCGUCAUGCCAAUGAACAACUGGCAUCAAUUGACAGCUGGCAAAACAAUGAGUACGCUGACCGAUUCCUCUCCAUAUAUCAUUGGCUCAGACUUGAGUACAAAAGAUUUGGAAAAAUGUACUAACGUGAUACUUGUGUGAUCAGUGAUGGAGUUAACAAGUCCUAAACCAACUAACAGACUUGGACAAGGGAGUCCGCUGACUUGAAGGUCGGACAAUUUGCAGGCUCGGAUAUACAUUAGUUGAACUUGAGAUAUUGCAUUUCUAGCCCUCUGCAGGAGCCCAGUAUCAGUGGCUUCACUCCACCUAAGUAAUCAGUUCAUGUACCAUACAACUGUAAGUGGAAACCGUUGAGCUUUGUUUUUCUUUUAUUUAGUUGUCUAUUCAUUUUCUCCCCCUACGGAGGGGAGAAGAGAUAAAGACAAAAAAUGAAAAACAAACUUGAGAUCGACUGUGGAAUGUACGUUCUCUUUUGACCAAGCUUAUUCGGUCAAGAUAGCUGGAUAUUAACCUCGUUCAUUUUCUGCGUUUUUAUGGACCAACACUGGGUCGAGGUCCAUAAAAACGCAGCAAAUGAACUCGGUCUAUAACCAGCCAUCUUGACCUCACGCUUGGUGAAUAAUGCAUAUGAAUAUAUUUCAUGGAAACCCAUACAUCUGGCAAGGGAAGACAUUACAAAAAAUGCACUUCCGAGCUCGGAAUUUGUCUAACUUAUAGGUCAAUAGACUUCCUUUUCCGUGUAAUUUGAUUCUUAAAAUGUUAACUUCGGCACUGAUCACACAAAUAUAUCGUCAAAAUAUUUUGUACGAAGAGUCUGAGCCAAUGAGAUAAAGAGAGGUAUUGGCAGCGUUCUCAUUGCUUGGACGUUUGUCAAUUUAAUGCCAAAAGCACAUCAUUAUACGGGUUUGUAGCCAAUGCAUCUCUACCUACAUCUCUAACAAAUAAAAGACGCCGAUUGAUACCAACGAGCCCGCAAUAUGCCAUGAAUAUUGGUCAGAGGAUUCUUUGGUGCAACAGCUGUCACUUAAACAUCUAAAUGUGAAUGUCCGCUAUAACAACAAUGCACCAGCCCCAUUAAAUGAUUGCAUUGAAGGCUUCUUACAUUUAGGAACAGCUAUUACAUUUAGGCUUUCAGCAUUCAGCUUAGUGAUGGCAACAAAGGAAAAAAAGGUAGAACUAUUCGAUUUAUGCAAGAAAGCUGCAGCAAUGAAGCAGAUCCGCCAAUGCUAAAGACUGCAAAAGCUGUUGGGGGAGAAAUUUUAAAUAAGUGAAGGUAAAUUCCUAAAUUUUGGAUGUUUGAAUGCCAAACUUCAGUAAGUUUCUAGAGAUCUCGUUCGGCGUUCGCAUGUAGCCUAGGCAAGCCCAGCCUCAGUUUCUCCUAUGUCAUCAUUUGUUAUUAAGCGUGAUUUUUUUCUUGCUGAUUCGUAGCAAGGGCUUACUGUAAUUCGCGAAAUAUUCUGAACGAAACCAACUGGAAGUCUGUUAUCUGCAAACUAGAGUUCCUUUAGUCUCCUAACAAACUAGGAACGAGAAAUUCGAAUUGCUUAAGCAACAAUACUUUUCGCCGACAGAAAGUCAGGACGUGUUAGAACGAUAAUUGGUAAAAACGAAAUUAGCUGCAAUAGGCCUUGAUAAACAACAGUUAUGCGGGUAAGAGCUGAAUCCCAAUCCUAAUAUUUCGAAGCGAAUGGAAGAAAAACAGUGAAAUUUUCCCAGUUGUAAAAAUGUGGUCGCCAUAAAAAUUUUAAGGUCCGUAAAGGUAGGGAAUAAUAACGUCAAAACCUUCUUUACUUUUUGGAUUACAUUUUACUUUAAAUUAUCACAAAGUUAUAAAUAUUCAAAAAGUUACAGUUCUCCUAAAAGUCAAGUCAAGUUUUAGCAUUUCCUUCUGUUAAAAUGUAAAUGGAAAAGCAAUGUACGGUUUCUUUUCAUUCUUCAGAUGUAUUGAACAUAGAGGCGGUGGUCCUUGGUGGUGCCUGCCUAUUGGAAAUCCGUGCAAGUGUGACAGCCCGUUUGUAUGGGAAGCCUUCCGCCAGAUAUGGAGUUGUUCAUCCCUAACCUGCCGAUGGCACGCUUUACAAGUCUUCUCGUCAUUUAUGAGCCUUUUAUCCUGUUGGUUUCCUGUCAGGUUUUGCUUUCCUUGGAUCCGGUUUGUGUGCAGAUGCAAGUAUUGUUUGUGUCCCAGGAUUGUCAUAUACUGGAGGUGCAUUUUUUUUAAGAUGUGCGCUUUCUUUGGUACUGGAAAGAUUUUUGCUUGAUUUGAUAGGCGUAUCUGCAUAACAGACAAAACAUUGUUAAGCCACAGAUUGUCUUUAAAAUAACGACGUUAUGACAAACUAAUUGAUAUUAAAAGUGUUAGUGGUUUUAUAUAGGGCACAAGAAAGAUAGAGUUAGACCACUACGUAUCAUAUGUAAAUGUUGAUGUUUUUGCGAAUAACCUAAGAGCUACGAACUUCAAACCAAAGCAUGAACUCUUAUGAACAGAGCUGUAAUUAACAUUCAAGAUGACUUUGAUUACAUAAUUGCCUUUCUUUUGAUUUAAAGUAGAAAGAGUUCUCUUUAGUUUCCUUGUCGAGUUUACAACCCUAUUUUCCAGAUACUACCGUUCACAGUUUGAAUUACUUACGUGGCUAGCAUUCCUGGUAAACCAGUUUACAAUUGUGCACGUGAAUUAUACCCUUAUAAUGGUAAAUAAGUAUCGAGGCAGCUGGAGUUCAGUGAUCAACGGAGUUAGAUCAGAGUUUUUUGAACACAACAUUGUUCAAGUUACGUAACGUUACAGUUUCUUUAAGCCCUUUAAGACAGAAUCAGACGUAAGUUCCAUCCUAUCGUAUUUAGUUUCGUUUUCUUUCCGAUUUCGCUUUUUUUGUUAUUAGCUUCAGCCCAUUUUUAAUCUUGUACAUUGCAAUUUCCCCCUUUUAGUU